GUACUGAAGGAUGGGAAUCAUCCAUAUGAUUUACAGAUCAGGCGCAGCAUGACGUUCUCUUAUAUUGUUAUGACGGAAGAGUAGACAUGCUACUGGGCGCCUCGUGAUGGUGGGGCGGUCUCGAAACAGCAUCGGUUUCUCCAUCUAGCGUCUCCGUCUAGCGUAUUUAGCAAAUGUUGUAGUGAAGUGUGGGAGACCCGAGUGAGAGGGGAAAAUUAAAACAUGGCGGACAUAGAAGGAGACGAAAUUCGGUCGGCGGCUCCCUCGCUGCUUCACACAUCAUCGCGGAACGGCUCCGGUGUUGGUUCGGCAGUCGGUACCGGAGGCCAAACGGCGACCACGGUGACGUCAGGGCCUCGACUGGUUCGGAUCGUGAAGUCUGAUUCUGGUUAUGGUUUCAACGUUCGAGGGCAAGUUAGUGAAGGGGGGCAGCUUCGAAGCAUCAACGGAGAAUUGUAUGCCCCUCUCCAGCACGUCAGUGCCGUCUUACCGGGAGGGGCAGCGGACAGAGCUGGUAUCUCUAAAGGAGACCGAAUCCUGGAAGUGUAAGAACGGGUGAACGUGGAGGGGGCCACGCACAAGCAGGUGGUGGACCUGAUCCGGGCCGGGGAGCGGGAGCUGGUCCUGGCGGUUCUGUCCGUGCCGCAGCCCGAAGCGGACAGCCUGGACCCCGGGGACGACGGCAGCGCCCAGUCCUGCUACGACUACAGCGACAAGCAGGCCGUGCCCAUCUCCGUGCCCACCUACAAGCACGUGGAGCAGAACGCCGAGAAGUUCGUGGUGUACAACGUGUACAUGGCGGGGAGGCAGCUCUGCUCCAAGCGCUACCGCGAGUUCGCCAUCCUGCACCAGAACCUGAAGAGGGAGUUCGCCAACUUCACCUUCCCCAAGCUCCCGGGGAAGUGGCCCUUCUCCCUGUCCGAGCAGCAGCUGGACGCCCGCCGCCGGGGCCUGGAGGAGUACCUGGAGAAAGUGUGUUCGGUAAGGGUAAUUGGGGAGAGUGACAUCAUGCAGGAGUUCCUUUCUGAAUCAGAUGAGAACUAUAACGGCGUAUCAGACGUCGAGCUGCGGAUAGCCCUGCCAGACAAGACCACCGUCACCGUCAGAGUGCGCAAGAACUCCACCACCGACCAGGUUUACCAGGCAGUGGUUAUGAAGGUUGGGAUGGACAGCAUAACGGCCAGUUACUUUGCUCUGUUUGAAGUCAUAAACCACUCCUUUGUGCGCAAGCUGGCCCCCAACGAGUUCCCGCACAAGCUGUACGUGCAGAACUACACCUCGGCCGUCCCGGGCACCUGCCUCACACUGCGCAAGUGGCUCUUCACCACCGAGGAGGAGAUCCUGCUCAACGACAACGAGCUGGCCAUCGCCUACUGCUUCCACCAGGCUCUGGACGACGUGAAGAAGGGAUCCGUCAAGGCGGAUGAGAAGUCCUACCAGCUGCAGAAGCUGGCCGAGCAGCGCAAGAUGGCCAUGUACCUGAGCAUGCUGCGCUCCUGCGAGGGCUACAACGAGAUCAUCUUCCCCCACUGCUCGUGCGACUCGCGACGCAAGGGUCACGUGAUCACAGCCAUCAGCAUCCGGCACUUCAAACUGCACGCCUGCACUGAGGAGGGAACGCUGGAGAACCAGGUGAUUGCCUUUGAAUGGGGGGAGAUGCAGCGCUGGGACACGGAUGAGGAAGGGAUGGCGUUCUGCUUCGAGUACGCCCGGGGGGAGAAGAAGCCUCGCUGGGUGAAGAUCUUCACUCCAUAUUUCAACUACAUGCAUGAGUGUUUCGAGCGGGUCUUCUGUGAACUCAAGUGGAGGAAAGAGGUGGAAGAGGAGGCCACGGACAAGGACAACAGAAACUGCAGCAAAGAUGAAUAUCUUCCAGCUGUUGAGACACAGAAGGGAUGGCGGCACCUAGGGGGCGAGAUCGUCACCUCCUAAAAACCCGACAGCGCCACUCGACAAGGCCUCACAAGGUACAGGACAACACUAUCCACAGCAGAAGCAGAAACUAUCCACACACACCGGUCCGCUACAGACAAACUGCAGACACCCAGCCCGAGGAGAACCGAAAACCACGCACAUACAGACUAAACAAGGCAACAAACCCAGAGAUCCUCAUUUUCAGAAGAUAAAAGAAGGAAGUAAAUGUUGUGUAAAGGUUUCAAAAUGAAUAAAUAAUAGUUAAUGCGUUAGAAUCCUACAUACAUCACAUCACUUCAUGGGGUGGGAUAGUUGAUUGAUGCUACUGGUUGAAGGGACAGAUCCAGAGCUGUGUGAUUGGUCGAGGAAAUGGUCGUCUGAGACACGAUUGGACACUGAGAAUGGGAAAGUGGGGGGGGAAGCAAACAGCCGCAGGACUGGCUGUGGAGAUGGACAUACGCAGUGCCAUUGGCUCGGGGAGGCCUCUCUGUGAUGUGAUUGGUCUGGACCAAUGCUUAGAUGUGCCUCAUGUUCUGAACCUGAAGGAGAAAGAAGAGGAGAACAAGGUGAGAUGCGUGUGUGCGGAAUGGACGCAUCACAAAACAAAUGCAGCAGCCAGAAAGGGAGAGGACUACAUUUCCCAGAAGGCAGAAAUGUGGAACGAGGGAUUUCUGUGUUCUGAAGUGAAAGGCAAUACGGCAAAAACUGAAAUGCAAGGAGGAAACGGCUUUUAGAAGGGGAAACUGAACUAAUCUCAUUCUGAAACUGACCACAUGGGGAAAAAUAGGCAUUGCGGGGGGGGGGGGGUACAUUUGUGUGAUCUUAACCCAUUUCAGAGAGAACUAAAUAAGAAAACAUGAACAAAGAAUGGGAGACAUGGCUCAUGUCUACAUAAACAAUCUUCAAAAGGACAAUGAAAGACACGUGUCGGUUUGAGAUGGGAAAGGAGAGCAAGAAUGGGCCUACCCCGUACUGUGCAGUCAGUACUCGCCCAUAGAGAAUACAGGGUAGCAUUUAUACGCCUUUUAUUUUUUUAAAGCAAUUGCUAAAACAUUUUUUUAAAUCUUGUGGCACAUUUUUCAGGCUUUUAAUAAAAAAAAAACUCAAACCUUUGCUAUGACGGAGAAGGUGUCAGAUUUAAAACCGAUCAUUAUCGUCCUAAACCAUGUUUCAAAACACUAGUUACAUUUUUGCGGCUGAGUAAUACCUAUAAAGGACAAUUGUGUAUUUUUCAAGGAGUUGGUAUGAGCCAUGUUUACAAAAAUGCAAAAAAAAAGAAAGACAUGUUUGGCAGUACAUUUUGUUCGAAUUACGUUUUGUUCGAAAUGUUUGUGUCUGAAGCUGUUAAAUUUUGAUAUGUAUGUGUAGUACUGUGUAACCAUGUAAAAUGUAUUGCUUUACAAAGCAGAGAUUUGAACGCAGUUUUGAUUUUAUCUGUGUCCGGUCUUGAAAAAUGAACCAAAUGAUUCAAAGCGAGUGUUUUAGCAAUUGUCAACGACACCACAAUUGGAGCAGCUGUGAUUCCUCCGACUCCCAGCAGGGGGCCCUGCUCUGCAACACUACAUAUGUUUAUAGAACCAUUAGAGAGCAGUGUUGGUUUUUAUCGCUGCCUCUGCUGUGAAUUAAGCAGUCGACUGACAGGACCCGCACGCGCUGUGUCAUCUUCACUGCCUGGCAACAGCGCGGGAGGAUUUUGUGUGCCUGAACCAUGAAGGGUGCUCCAUUGAGCAAAUGAACAGAGGAGGAGUGGGGGGGGGGUGUAUCUGGACAGUUGAGGUAGUAGACUGAUCCAGCCGACUUAACACAUUCUUUACCUUUCUGUGGUUGUGAAGGAAAUGAAACGAGGCUUAAGUAUCUGGACUGUUGCACAAGAACUGUACAUAAAAUGGAAGGUAAACUGACAGACAUUACUUUGUUCAGAUACAGAAUGUUUCUGGUUGAGCACUUGUGUAUUUUUAGUACUGAAAUAAUUGACAUUCAGCAGCGUUAGGGCACCAGCUCUGAACUGGCUCUGAGUGCAUGUGCCGGACAGGGCAGUUCAGGGGAGGAUUUGUCAGAUUGCAGUGCAGUAAAAGCACAUACUGGUGCACUCCUCCUCCACUGCUCCAAUUGUGUGUGUGCGUGUGUGUGCGCGUGUGCUCGAGUGUGCGCGUGUGUGCGCGUGCGUGUGCGUGUGUGUGUGUGUAUGCGUGUGUGUGUGCGCAUGUGCGUGCACGUGUGAGUGUGUGUGUGUGUGUGUGUGUGCGUGUGUGUGUGUGUGCGUGUGCGCGCGCAUGCCACACUGUUCAGUACUGCUUAGAGGCCGGACGGCCUGUCUGCUUUCUUGUCUGGCCCUUGUGUGUUCUCCAGGUUCAUGAGUCCAGCUGAAUCACAGGUCACAUUGACUUGAUUAACUUUUGAUUAAUUAUCCAUUGCACCUCAACUUGAAAACAGAAAAGGAAAAAAAAAAAAAACGAAAAAAAAACUGCUAACUUGAUGCUUCUUUCUGCCUGUAUGUAGCCUUAUUGCAAUUUAAAGCGAGUUCCGUUUCCCCGAGCAGACUCUGCUUUGCCUGGGCAGUAGUCUCCCUUUCCUGGGGUCUAGUGUAGAAUGCAGUGUAUUGCUGUACAAUUCAUCACAUGCUUUAUUGCCAUAUCAGUUGGAGGUGUCCAGAGAAUGGUGCAGUGUUAGUCUUCUUAUGUCAUUGUUUUUGUGAGCGUCCGAGUAGACGGGCAGGUGCUCAUAAGUAUGUGUUUGUGUAUUAGAACGUUUCCCGCUCGCGGUCCUGGGGAUCCGUUGGGCACGUCGGUUUUUGUUGCAGUUUGUGAAGGACGUGUAGGGGACGUGUUUGCAGAUGAAGUAUUUAUGCAACUUGAUUUUGUACAGCUGUGUCCCUUCAACAGUUUAGUAUUGCAUAGUGGUCAGCUUCUUUUGGAUUAAUUUUUUGUGCAGUUAAUUGUAAAAUGGCAAGAAUGGUAAAAAUAGGUAAUUAAGCUUGAUCUAUUGAGAAAUGUACAAAUGUUUCCAAUGGGCAAGUAACAUUGUACACAAAAACUCUCUAAACGCACAAAUCUGACAGCGUACACAAAUUCCCUGAAGUGACUGUCAAAUUUUGGUUAUUUUUUGCUUAUAUACCCUGUGAAUCCAAGGGACCUAGGGUUUGGAGCACUGUACCGCACUGGAAUGUAACUCAGAAGCGCAACCCCAGUCUGCACUGGCAGAAUAGCGCCUCCAUUUUGAGAACCGGAUUAAGUUAGUCCGGUUAAUUCAGUUUGUGUUUAUCAAAUCAGACGGUAACUUGAGGACGUAAUUGGCAAACUUUAAUGGAGUGGGCAUUGAAAGUCACUCAAAAAUCAAGUGCUGUCAAAUGAAUGUUACGAAACACAAUGACACUAUAACGAGCAACUUCAGUGCUGUAGUCCUAAAAAGGCUAUGUUUGCUGAUCCCUGUGUAUCACCGCUUUCAUUUGAGAGUGUUAUAUUUCUCUCUCCAUCAGUCUCCUGUGCUCUUUCUCUUUCUGACUGAAGUCGCCUAUUCUUAAUUUAUUUGAGUAAGAUAUUAAAAGUAGAAAAUCUCUUAAUGUACAGUAUUUUCACCGGUUUGUUGGUUUUUAGAAAAACUUGUAAAACGUCAAAUGGGAAAACAAACGCCAAAGGACACAAAACUAAGGAAGGCAAAAUCGGCAGUGUUUCUUUGGGUUAACUGCAAAAUGAAGUUCAUAAAGCUGCCAUUUGAAAAAAAAAAAAAAAAAUAGAAACAAUUAGUGAAGUCUACCUAACCACUGGGGGAAAAGCUGAAAAGACAUUUAAAAAGAAAUGUUUGGUAAUGUCAAUUAGUGUAAUAAAUUGUAACAUAUUCUUUUAAAUAAAUUGAUUUAUUGAUGCAAAAGGA